AUGACCCGAAGAUCUGAAUCGGUCAAUCAACCUGGAACAGUCGAACGAAAUCCGCAGUAAGUCCAGUAAUACUACACAGAAUUCUCAACACUUUAAUUAAUAUAGACAAUAUUUAUUUAUAAUAUAGCAUUUGUAAAUUCUGAACGCUGAUUGGCUAAGAGCCGUGUUGAUACAACUCAAUGUCAACACGGGAAAUUUACCGCCGCUUGUAAACACGGAAAUUUUUCUUAUCCUUCGGGCUUUUGACAUUGCUAUAUUAUAAAAAAAAUAUAAAACAUUUUUUCCGUAUUGAUAUAUAUAGUUAUAUCAACACUCGUGGAAGUUGGGAAAACUCGAAAUUGUAUGAUCCAUACAAUUUCGAGUUUUCCCAAUUCCACUCGUGUUGAUAUAACUGUAUAUCAACACGGAAAAUGUUUUAUAUUUGUUAAAUACAAACUGAAUAACUUUCUAUAUUUUUAAUUUCCAAAUUCUAUACUUUGUAUUUAAAUAUACACUGUACCUGCCCAAUCCAAAAUAAUUUUGGCCAUGGCUUUUUUCGUUUGAUACUAACAGAGGAUAGUAACUUCAAUACCAACUGCAUAUUUUACAAGUUACAAAGCUCCUUCGUGAAGAACAGUUGAGAUACACAUUUUGUGGAUAUAUUUUACAUUCUGUUUUUAUCGCUCUUUUUUCACAGAGAAAACCCUAUUUUCCUCAAGAUUACCGUAAAAAAACACAUUAACCUUCAAUUUGUUUUGAGAAAUUGCUGAUAUAAAGCAAUCGGUAGUUUCAGCUCUACAAAUUUAUAUUGACAACAAAAUGUCAUUUUUUUGUUUUUUUCCGCCAUCUUGCAUUCCUCAUCUGUACUGUUGACAGAAAGCCAUAAGAUGAAGUACCAAAGCAUCGGCUGACACAUGAAAACAUUGCUCGUGGACUCGUGCGUCCUUUCCAGAAAGCUGCCUGUGGUUGAAGUCCACACGUGGCAUUUCCGCAGUUGUUCUUCAAUUUUUGCUUUAUUUAAACACCAAAUUCUGCGAACAACAAGAAUGAAGGCAGUUUGCAUCCUUAGUUUACUUUUGGUAAGUUCAACUUCAUUUUUAAACCUGGUAUAAAACACGAUCUUGCAGCCAUCAACAUGACCUCAAAUGAGCAAGCAGUGACACAAUGACAUUGAUUUAUAAUUUGUUUAAUAUGUAUUUUAAUAUAUUGUUGAUGUUUUAUAGUGCGUUUUUAUCGUGGAAUGCAAGAAACAGAAAAAUAGUGAUAGGAAAGAUAUUAUAAUUAUUGAUGAUGUAAAAUUUUUCAAGAAAGUUAUGAAAACGCAUACUAAUCUUCUGGUGUUAUUCUCCCAGUCAGGUAGGUCACUAUGGGUGAUUAAUAAAUAUGUCAACUAUGCUAUUUAUUAAUAUAUUACAGUGCGUCUACUGUAAGUGGGGCCACUUAGAGAACACUAACCAAUCACAUUGCAGAACAGAAAGUGAAAAAAUCAACAAACGGCGCAUUAGCCAAUCAGCAUUAGGCCAAAAACAAUUCGAACAAAUAAACGAAUGUCAAACGGUAAAAAUAGACAUGUAAAAGUAAACAUUGCAGUUAAUGGCUUUCUGAAUCUUUCUUUUGAUUGGACGAGCUUUAGUUUGAUUAGAUUUUUCUUUCUGUUCUGCAAUGCGAUUGGUUAGUGUUCUCUAAGUGGCCCCACUUACAGUAGACGCACUGUAAUACAGCAGGAAGCCAAGCUUUAUUUCCAUAUGAUUGAUUAGUUCUGCAAUCAAUGAAAAACUGAAACCCACUCAGUUCCAAAUAGUAGAGUGUUUGAGAGUUUUCUCUCAUAAAGUAAGAAUGGAUUUGAAGGACAAAAUAUAUUUUCAACAUUAAUCUAUUGAUUAACAAAGGGGAGAGUGCUCAUAAUGUUAAUCUAUCAGCCCAUGCAUGUCUAGUUAACCCACUGGCUUACUUUAUUGUUUUACUCUGUCUAACACCACACAAUUUCAUUCAUCAACUGAGGACUGUGCUGUCACUCAGUGGGUUAACAGCCUUUCUACAUGGAGGAAGGUAACCCUCUUGACAGUGUCAUUCUUCUAGAAGGUUCACAACAGUUAUAUUAUGUUGCCUCCAGUGCUUACCUCACUUAUGUAAACAAAUAAAAAACAUAUUGUUAUACAUUUGUAAGUUAAUUAAUCAUACUUGCAAAAUAAAAUAUGCCUGUGCCAGGGCUUUUAUCUCCUUUAACCCAUUGAAACCGCCGCAAUGCACCCCAGUGCACUUUACUUAUUUUUUUACUUGUCUAAUGCCAGACGAUUUUACUCAUCAGUGGGGAAGCUCUGCAGCUUAAUGGACUAAUAGGAAGGGAUGCCGGAACGAUGUGAAGGCAAGGGGGGGGGGGCAGAUUUUCAUGAAAGGGCACUUUUAAAUUGAGAUAUAUUAAGAGAUGUUUGCAAAACAUCAGGAGUUGAACUUUGCCCAAUCAUGUUUUCUAUUUAUUGGAUGAUAGGGGUGUGAGGGGGUUCUCCGCCAGGCGAUUGUGCUAUUCUUGAAGCUCGAUGACUGCAUUUCUUGCGUUUUCUGAAGCAAAUUCGUAAAAGAAUUGCACUAACAUUUCUGACAAUUCGCUAUUUCGCCAAGGCAAUCCUUUAAAUUGAAAGGGCACAUUAGCCCCUCCUGGUAAAGGGCAACGGGGGCGGCUUCCCCUCCUGCCCCCCAGUAGGGUUGGGCGAUAUUUCGAUAUUUUGAUUUAUCGCGAUAUUUUCGAUCACAAUUAUCGUAUCGAAGGUAGAAACUUGAGCGACGAUAUAUCGAAAUUAUCGUCAUGCUCGAUGACUAUCGUGAUAUUGCUUCGCAUGUGUAUAUAGCUAUUAUAAAAUCCUAAACAAUUCUUUCAAUUCCCUAGAAAAUAUAGUUUUUAAAAGAAUUAAAACUAUUUCCUGAAUUAAAUACGAAUUUAAUACGAUACAAAAGCUAAUAUUUAUGUAUUAAUCUGCUGAACAAUGGAAUUGCAGGCUUUGCUUGCGCUGUGUGCCCACGGCAUUUGUGCCAGCGGAGACACAGUAGACACUGCAUAGACAGUUCCAGUUUAUGAACAGUAAAUAUUAGACUAGAAAAAGCAUUCGUAGUACUUUAAUUUGUUGUUUUACUUGUUGUUAAUAAGAUUAUAUAUAAGCUUGCUAUGUAAUAAUGAUAUUAAUUAAAAUUGAAAAAAUGUGGUCAUUGCUUUUAUUGCAUUUAUCGCGAUAUUAUCGAAUAUCGUGAUAAUUUCCUUGGCAAUAAUCGUGAGGUGAUUUUUUUAAUAUCGCCCAACCCUACCCCCCAGUUCCGGCAUCCCUGCUAAUAGGCAUCAAUUCUUGCAAAGGACAUUUGCUUGAAUUGUUAACUUGUCUCACUCAAUUGCAUGUGAAAACAGUACCGGUACUUGCAGUUUUGUCAUUGUUUUCCAGGAUGUUAAUUGUUUCUUCUGCAGUGAGCUUUGAAUGACUACAUGAUGUAAAACUAUUAAUUUAACAAACUUUAACAUACACAUUAUGUAUUGUACCGGUACCAAGUAUUGUACAUGGUGUACCCACAAGUUUAUUAAUUAAUUUAAUAAUUGUAGUGAUCAUUAUAAUAUUUUAUUAGAAACUCCCAAAGGGUUUUUCAGUUCUAAGUUAUGUACAUGAAUAACAUGAUUAAUAUCUAGAGCUAAAAGUAAUAAAUUUUAUUACGACUAUUUUUCCUUAGUCCUCUCUUAAAAGUAUGUAAGCAACUUGUCAGUAGUAUCUUGAGGAAGCGAGUUCCACAAACUAAUGGCACAAUAUGAAAAUGUAUGUUGUCCCAAAUUUGAUCUAUAAGCUGGGAUAUCUAAACUAGCUUUAUUCCUAGUAUUACGGCCAUGUCCUGAAGACCAUGUUAUAAACCAAUGUAACUACAGUAGGGUUAUCCCUUAAUUAACACACUUGAAUGCCAAAAUUGGACCAAUUAACAAAUGUAACACAAUUCCAAAAUUUACCAUUUCCAUGACCACUGAUUACUGCCUGGAGAAGCCUAAAGUUUGUGUACAUUUGUUAAGAAAUAAUUGCAAUAGUUAUAUGUUCUGCAAUUAUUGUAUAAUCAAUCCGACAAUCCUCUAUUGUUGACAUCAGUAUCGAAACUAAACAAUUAAUAGUGUGGAAUAGAAUAGAGAAUGUCUUAUAAAUUUCAUUGAUGAAGAACAAUUUUUGACAGGAUGUUUAUAUCAUGAACGUACUGUGGGCCUUGUGGGGAUGAUUAUUUGUAAGUUUAAAAUUUGUUAAAAAUUUUAAAUCUACCCUCAAAAUGCGGGAAAUACCAUUUCUGAUACACCAGAUUUUAAAAUUUUCUGGGGGGUAUGCUUCCGGAUCCCCUUAGUGAUUUGUCAGUGCAAAAACCUGUUUUACCUGCCCUGCUCACAACUGUGGAGAACCCUGUUAUGAGACCCAGAUGUUUAUGAGAGCAGGGACGUUGCUAUAGGGUGUGUGUGUGUGGGGGGGUGUAACACCCCCAAUAAUUCAAACGUUGGUCAAAGUUGGUCAAAAUGGAACUGAUAUUUGCCCAAAGUUGGUCAAAAUGGAACUGAUAUUUGCUUAAAAUUGAAGGUAAAACUCGGACAAAUUUGGUCAAAGUUUGGGAUAAAAGACGGUCGAAGUUGCUCAAAGUUAUGAAAUGGUUCGCAAUUUUAACAAUUUUAAAGCUUUUGUUAUGUUUGCGGUGAAAAAAUUGGAAUAUUUGCUUAUCUUGGUCGAAAAAUUUUGAAUAUGCUCAUGUUAGUCCGGAAAAUCGUAGGAAAUGUUGGUCAAAGAAUGACGCCCGCCCCCCCCAAAUGUUGAUGGGUCCUACUAUAAAUUACUGCCACGAGACUGCCCGGGAACUGCCCGAGACUGCCCGGGAACUGCCCGGGGACUGCCCAAGACUGACUGCCCGGGUAAACACCGUAACAUAACGUUAUUUAUUAUACAGUAUAGUAAGGCAGUGUGCUCUUGUUUUAAAACGCUUAGCUAGUACAUGUAUAAAAGUUUUUUUCAAAACAAAGCUACGUUGCUUGCAACCAUUGACCGGCAUUUUCCGCCGAAGUUCGUUUUUAAAUUUUUAUUUAAAACAGGAAAAACAAUUUUUUCUCAAAAAUGUUAGAAAUUAGCCAGGUUAGGAAUGUAAAAUAUGUAUACUAAUUAAGGUAAUUAGCGGAAACACCGUUUCCUUGGUAUAAUGACUUUGUUUUGGUAAAAAUGGUCAUGUAUGUAUUGCUGUGGCUUGCAUGACUUUGUCUUUGUAUAGUUACCAUAUCGCAUGCUUCCAUGCAAUGGCAAUGUUUUUUCUCUAUAUACUUUCCUUGAUCGAAUCCGAUAAUUUCUCCUCCAUUCGUUAUUAAAGUAAAAUUGAAUAUUUAGAUUUUUGUUAAUUCAAAUUUCAUGCAGUAGAUUGGAAGAUGGUUACAUAAUUAUUAAUCUAUAGCACAUGGCGGUAAAUUUACGAAUGUAGACUUCAGUAAUGGGGCAAUAAUUGAGGGGGAAAUGUUGCUCAAUAUAUCACUAUAGCUCAAAGAUUUCACCCCACAACAAGUUGUUUCCUUUUUUUUGAAAACACCUUUUGUAUACAAGAAGUAAUACAGACGAAAGGUAAGCCACCAUGUGUUGUACUUUAUCUGGAAGAUAAUUUAAAAGACAUACGCCAAUUUUGUACAUCCAGUGCUCGCAAUCCCAGUGUUCUUGGAAUAGAUCGAACAUUUAAUCUUGGUGCGUGUUUUGCGACUACUCUGGUAUACCAGCACAAUAAUUUAAUAAGAAAAGGGGCAAGUAAUCCCCCAAUUAUGCUUGCUGCAAUUUAUUUACACUGGGAUGGACUUUACACAACAUACCACAGAUUUUUUUCGCAUCUUCAAAGUAAGUUAAAUGUUGACAUCGGUGGAACACAGCUCUCUAAAAUUGUUAUUGGAUCUGACGAAGAGGCCGCACUUACGAAAGCAAUAAAACAGUGUUUUCCAUCGUCUGCGAAUAUACUUUGUUCGCGCCAUUUAGAGGAGAAUGUUCGCCGAUAUUUGACAAACAAUAUUGGG